ACCGCGAAAACAGCCUGUUCGCGCGUUCUCUUCCGUGCAGAGACCCCCUGGAACUCCGAAGGACGGACUCGGCCCGCGCUGCAGUCUCUGGACCCCAGCUUGCUGGUAGUCCGCGCAUGUCCGGACGCGUUUCGAUUUGUUGAGGCUCGUUCAUAUCCAAAACCGGGACUUCUCUGCUUGCUCUGAAUCUCCCGGGGGCGUCUGUCGGACUCGAGUGUAUCCCAGAGAGCCUUGGCACCGAGCAGGAGACUCCAGAAAUUCGAGACAAACAGAAAGUUCUGUCUUUCGCGUCUUCGGCAUGCGUGGCGACAGACUCGCAUGCUGUCGCCACCUGGAAAGCUCUCUGUGGCUACAGAUCCUCAGCGAACGCGCAAACGAAAACUUUUUUGUGCUUCUUCUGCUCUGUGCCUGGAUCGCUCACGCAGACGCUUUUCCCCUGUCUCUCGAGAGAGGUACCAGAAGCCUGCGCCGUGUCUCCACUGGACAAGGAGACGGCAGACUCUCGGUGGUCAGUGUGUUGUGGCUGCUUUUGAGCUUAGAGAACUUACACAAACGCGCAUGCAUGUCAAGGCAGGAGUUCUCGUUUGCUUUCGAAGAUACGAGAAAACCUCAUGCGACGCAUUCCGUUCCAGAGGGCUCCUGCGCCCAGUGCCGCCUCGAGAGACGCGACAAGAGCUCUCAAAAGGUCUGUCGUUAUCGCGUCUUAAAACUGCAGUCUUGCCUGCCCAUGGAGCUCUUCCAAAGAGUCUUCAUACGCAUGCAGAUGUUGUAUUUCUUUAAGUGUAUGCAGGUGUACUUGUGCAUCUUCAAAUGCACCUCCACUUUUUCUGCGCUGUGUUGCCGGAGGCCUUUGCGGGGCGGUCUUGGGGGUUGUCGCCGUGGCACUUUCAGUGCGACUUUUCCGUGUACAGACAGGUCGUUAUUCUCUUUCUUCUCUUUGUCUUUCUCUUUGUCUUCUCCACCUGUCUGUCUCCGUUUCCUUCCCUCUCUCCGUCCUAGAAUCCCUCCCUCCCUCUGGCCUCUGACUUAUCUGCCUCGUCCUUUCAUCCGAGCUUAAAGACGCAAAAUUGUGUCUCAAUCCCUCGCCUUGCCAGCCCCUCACCCUCUCGACCAUGACAGGAUCCUCGCUUCUGGCGGCUCCGGUGGCUGUACAGCCGCCGCGCAGUCCUGCGGAGACGGGCAGGCUCCGUGUAGACGCUGUUUCUUCUGCGUUUUCUCGGUCAUCUGCUUUGUCUCCUGUCGCUCGCCUCUCUCAGAGCACAGACGAAGGGAGGCCAGACUUAACAGGCUGUGGUUCCUGCUCCCCCAGAGGCUUCUCAGCGACCCUCAGAGAGGCCGACGAUGUUCCGCAGCCGCUUCUGCGCGCUCUCUAUCCAGGCGCGCCUGUGUCUCUGCAGGUCGAGGCAACCAUCGCGUUCCUGAACCAACGAUGGUUCCGGUGUCCACGAUCUCGAAAGAUGACCCACUCGUCCUCUUCCUCCUCUUCGAGUUGCUCUUCUGCUCCUUCUUCUUCGUCUUCUGCUCCUUCUUCUUCGUCUUCUGCUCCUUCUUCUUCGUCUUCUGCUCCUUCUUCUUCCUCUUCUGCUCCAUCUCCUUCGUUUUCUUCUUCCUCUGUGUCUUCUCCUUCGUGCGAUGCAUCUUGUGGUGGAGAGACAGCCCAGGAGAGCUGUGCGGCUCGCGCCUGCGACAGUCGGGGGCAAGGAGACGAGGGGACCCUGAGUGCGGAGGCAGCGCGGCAGACGCUGGAGGAGACAGCGGCGACGGAGACACUGGAAAACAUCCUCACUGCGGUCGCCUAUGGCCUCCUCGAUCUCCCUCGAUGGCCGCAGCGAGAGCAGCAACUGAUCCUCAGAUGUUUUCUGCCUCGCAGUAAGGCAGAAGAGAGGGAGCGAGGAGAAGGAGAAGGAGAAGAAGGAGAAGAAGGAGAAGGAGAAGAAGAGGAAGGAACAGAGGGGGGAGUCUUUGGGGCUUUGACAAUCUUUAGCGCCUUCCACCGAUUUCUUUCCGGGUGGCCUAGGGAGGCCGAGUCUCCUGCGUUUUUAGUCAGCUGCAGAGCAGCUCUCGAACAGAGGCGAGACGAGCGCGAAAAGGCAGUGGAUGGCGACGCAACGAUUCGCUUUUACCAUCCGUCUUGGCGCAGCUGGACCGUCGUUCUCCAUCUCCUCGAAGUUUUUGUCUCCGCACCCAGCACUCUCCCGUCUCUGCUGUCGUGUCUGUCUCCCUCGGCCUCGCCUGCCCCGGGAUCUUCUUGUUCUUCUUCCUCGUCUCGUUCCUUCUCUUGUUCGAGAGGUGUGCCUGCAUGUCCUGCAGAGACUGUGGAGUUCCUCACUUUGCUUUCUCUGCCUUCUCUGGUUGAGGCGGCGCUCUGCUCCUUGCCGGGAGGCCCUGCAGCCUUCUCCUGUCUGCUUCCUGCUUCUCUCUCUUCCUCGGCCUGCUCCUCGCGGCUGGCCACCGCGCUGCUCACGGCCUGGGGGCGCCUCGCUGCGUUCGGCAGAGAACCGCGCGAGUGCCGCGACGGAAACCGCGAGACAGAGACGACGCAGCGAGCUGAGACUGCUGCGGGCGGACCGCGAAUCUCGCGAGCGGAACGGCAGAGAGAAGAAGAAGGCGAACCGAAGAGAGAAGAAUCCGACGGUUACAGACAGAAGGCAGGGAAUGCGGAGAUGAAGUGUGGGGACGUCCAUGCAGAAGAUCCGUUUUUCGAGAAUGUGCCAGAGGCCCUCCUCGCGGCCACUCGCAGAUUUCUUCUGCGCGGGCAUGCUGCGUCGCUUGCGCGCGCCUUCCUCGUUGCGCUUCUCUCUCAAGACGCGGCGCGAGAAGAAACAGGGAGAGGAGAGAGCUGGAAACAACAACAGCAGAAGGGAACAGCCAGAGCCGAAGGGGCAGGGGAAACGCGAGAUGGUGGCGAGAGCAAGGGAGCAGAGAGAAAGGAAGAGAUUUGCUGCGUUGCCGAGUUCUUGGCAGGUGCGGUGUCACGGGAGGAUCCGGGUGGACCGGCGUCUCACGCGCUUCUUUCAGCUUGUCUUCGCGAGCUCGAGCCACUCUUCUUUCUCUCGGCUUCGCAUGCGUCGAGUCCUGUUGUCUCCGACUUCCAUGGAGAUGGGCCUCGCCUUUCGCUUCACUCUCUCGCUGCUCCUCGUCUCCUACAGAGCCUUCUUCGCGGCUUCUGUCGCCUCUCUCCGUGCUCCUCUUCGCGACGCGGACUCGACUCCGGCUUCCUCUCUCAGUUCCUCUUCAAGGCGCUAGAUCCCUCUUCUUCUCAUCUUCUCCCUCUCCCCAUUGCUCUCUUCCUUCUUGAUUUCCUCUCUGGAUCUUUUCACUGCAGCCCCCCACUCCCCUCUUCUCCUUGUUCCUCGUCUUCCUCUUCUCUCUCUUCUUCUUCCUGUUCUUCGUCCGUUUGCGGACGCGCGGCAGAGGUGGAGGGUGGAGCGACUGAAGUGGCGUCGGAGCUCGUCUUCAGUCCGCUUUUCGCUCUCUCGUUUGUCGAUCUUCUUCAACUCUUUCUGCAUCUGUGGGCGAACGGAGAUGGCGCCCUGGUGUCUCUCUCUCUCCACCAGCACCUCCUUCUCACAUGCUUCCUCUCUCGCUCGCUUUCCAACCUCACGCAUCUUCAACGGCGUCUCGCUUCCCUCUCUUCUUCGUCGUCACCUUCUCUCUCCGGCUGGAUUCCCUCUGUUCUGGAGGCGCCGAGCCUGGAGCUCCUCAAGCGCCGCCUGCAUGCGUUUUCGGCGCGCAAGAAAUUCGCUGCUCUGAUGCGCGGGAUCCACGCCCGUCUCGGUAGCUCUGAAGAGGCCUUGCGGCUGCUCGGCAUGCUGGCCGCGGAGAAGAUGGCGAGGGAGACUCUUCUGCGCGUUACCGGGAAGCGCGGGGAGACGAACGGCAGAGAGGCGCGCCGCCUCGAAGGCAAAGACUCAGACAGGGAAACGGCGCUCGAGUUUCGCGAACUCAGAGACCCCACCGUGCUGUCUAGACACCCCGCGCUUCUCUUCGUCGCCGCAACGGAGCGGAGAGGGUGGACGCGGCACCCUCGAAGCGAGCUGGAAUUCGAGGGAGACGAACGAGACAAGCAAGGAAAAGAAGCAGGGAAUGACGUCUCGGGAGAGCGUGCGAGACCCAAGGAGGGUGGAGGGGAGAAGAGCGACCCAGAGCUCGAACGUUUUCUCAUUGGCGAGACGACAGAGGAACUGCACCGUCUUCACGAGAUCUCAUACCUUCUGCAUGCACAGAAGAAGCGACAACAGGCAAGCAGCUUCCUCGAUUCUCUCGCCUUCCUGGACCAGCUGCGUGGACCUCGAGACGGUAUCUCUUCUGUUUGCUACAAAGAAGAAAAUCGAAACUGCGAACGCUCUGUCUCUCUUCCCUCUUCUUCCUCUCCUUCUUCCUCUCCUGCUUCGUCUCCUGCUUCCUCUUCGUCUUUUUCUCCCUCCUCUUCUUCCUCUUCUUCCACUUCUUCGGCGGUUGUCGCGGAAGAGAGGCAGGUGGCUUCAAGGGCCUUGGCUCCCGAAGACAAGAAAGUCGUUCACUCGAUUCGAGUUGUCUCUGUCGACGAAGACACGGACUCUGACGAUGAAGACGACCGCUAUUUUCAAACGCUCCCUGACCUCCCAGCCUUCGAUGCGUCUCCGCCUUCGCCUUCGCCUUCGUCUCCUCUCCCUUCGUCUUCGUUCCCCGCUGCCUCCCGUUUUGUGCUUCCAGUUGCGCCUGCAGGAAGUCCACAUUUGCCCCAGAGUGUCCGGCAAGUGGUGGAAUGGUUGGGAGGCGAGAUACACACCGCCGACGAGUCGUCUGCUGCUGCCUCCGGAGAUCCAUGUUCACACUCUUCGGGCACCAACGAAUUGCCUUCCCGCCGACUCUUCCGUGUCUCUGCAGCCCUGCACUGUUGCCCGCUGCUUCUUCUCCUCCAGGCGAAGGCCGACAGCGCGGCGACGCUCUUCACCCUCACACAUGGCGGCAUGGAGAAGGAACGGCUGUCCUCGUGCUUCUCCUGGGAGUUCCGCGAUCCCCUGCUUGCCCCCCGCCUCCUGCGCCUCCUCCUGUCAGUCGACACUGGCGUCGGAACGCAGCCGACGGAACUCGAGCGCAUGCGCCAGACGAGUCUCGCUGCGCUCUUGGCUCUGCAGCUCGAGCCGCUUCUCCCCCUUCUCGCCGCCACUCUGUUGGACUCCCAGGCCUCGCAGCAUCAGAAGCUGCUCCUCCUCGAGGCCUUGCAGCGCGCUGCCUCGUGGCUCGCGGCUGGCGCCCCGCGACGCUGGACGCUCCUCAGUCCUGCAGAAAACGGAGAAGAGACAGAAGGCGAGGAACGAGGUCCAUGCCUGAGACAUGACAAGCGAACGGACGCAUUUGGAGCGUGCGAAGGCGAAGGGAGCGGCUGGGAUUGGAGAGGCCCCGAGCCGGGGGAAAGGUCGCGUCGCUUCGCGCAUGCGCCGCAGCGCGCCCAGGUUGCGAUCAACUUGUUCAUGCCUCACGCGUCGAGUGUAUGUACAGCGCUCCUCGCGCUCCUCGAACGUCCCAUGUAUCCUGCGACGGACUUUGCGGCCCAGCAGAACUUCGCGGAGCGCGCCGCGGCCCAUCGGCGACUGCUGAGCCAGCCGCCCGUUGUCGCGAGUCUCCUCCACACUGCUGGGGUGUCUGUACAACUCGCGGGAUACGGGAGUCUGGACGCGGAGAUCCUCGCGACCACAGGCCUCCGCGCCGCCAUCGCCUUCCAAAGCCACCGCGACCGCAGCGUCCGACGCGGAGCUCUUUCACUCCUGGCCGCCGUCGCCGCCGCUGCCAAGUCGCUGGACGCGCUCUUCGCCGCCGUCGAGGACGCCGAGCGCGCUCUCGGGUGUCCCUACACUCCAGAGGCCGCCGCUGCUGCCUGUGGGGGGCGGCAGGCGGCGACCGGGGACUUGGAGAGGGAGGGCAGUCUCCCCGACUUUUGGCAGCAGGAGGGAGAAGAAGAUUUGUGUGAGGACGCAGAAGAAGAUUCAGCAGGCUUUCUGUUGAGGGAGAAGCAGGUCUAUGUCGUCGGUGGGGCUUCGCAGGGGGGCCAGAGCGUCGUUGAGAGGUUAAAGGACCAAAUGCAGAACGACCCAGACGAGGUCUGCAGACGCCUCGCGGCCCUCGUCCUCAGUCUGUGGCUUGAGCUGCCUGGAUAGCCUCUUCGUGUGGAAGCGACGCCGCAAGCCUGUGAGUUGCCGGAGAUGGCCUGCGAUCGCGUUGAAUGGUCGAAAAGGAUGAGAGAACAUGGCCGAGCUUGCUUUGAAAAGGUCUCUUUAUCUCUGUCUCAAACGGAUUUUUCCUACUGUUUCCUCGAUUUUUUUAGAUUGAAUUGUCAAACCGUGUCUCUAUCUUACAAGGACUGUGUGCACCUCUCUUUCUCUCUGCCUCAACUGGACUUUUUCUGCCUUUGAAGAGGGGCUUUCAGAGGUCUCCUUCUCUCGUGAGGUGACAGAGGAAGCGAGGCUUCUGAGACGCGAGACUCCUUCUGCCAGGCUUUCGGAAGUUGACAACCUUCGCUUCGAUCUCGGGUGAACGGGUCGGGCAGGCUACUCCCAAGAGAGGCCGAAGAGACCUUUUCGUCUUUCUGUUGCGGCUUCUAUGUGCGACAUAGAUUUUCCAGCUUUCUACGAAAUACCUGCGUCCGUCUACUUGUCUCAACGCUCGACUGGCGGUGAAGAACUGCGUCUGAAUGGCUUCGCACCACGGAGCAUGUUGAGUUGGGUGGAACAAGUGUAUCUAAUUGUGUUUCUCCCAUCCACUGUUUAUGAGCGCGUUGUGCUGUGGUGCCGGGUCUCGCUGGUGGCAGCCAACAGAAUUCACUUCCCGGCUUUCUUGAAUCUCUUGGCAAGAGCAGGAGAGGAAAAGAUCUCCUUUUUCAUCAGGAGACACCCUCGGCUCAUCAGGAGUUCGAGCAGAACGAACUCGGUGUUGCACUGCUGUCUACGUCAGCUCUUCCAGAGAGCGUUGAAACGAAGAACCGUGCAUCUCUCGAGAACUUCCUCCCGAGGUGCAGAGAGGAAAAGGACGAAAAACGCAUGCAGAGAAGAGCGAGCAGAGAACUUCGAGAAGGAGACUGGACAAAGAAGAGACGAAGUGGCUGCUCUGCCGACACAAAGAACUUCCAUAUGUUUUUCGGGGGAAGCAGCGCGAGCCGUUUGCGAGAAAAUGCCCA